UUUCUUCCUCCCUCCUGCUACCCCAGUCGUCUGAGGUGUGUGUUACGCAGUGGGAGAGCACGUUGGCCUGGAUCUCCAGCUACGCACGUUCUAGCCCUGCCUCUGUCAUUUCCUAGAGCUGUGGCUUCGGAUCCCUCCCUGGUGCCACAGCAGCUGAGUGUGCCUCGAACCUGAAGAAAAUCUACACGGUGCAGACAGUCCAGGUGGAUAUCCAGCAUCGUUUAUCCUAAACAGAAAGUCUUCAUCAGAAAUACAUACAAUCUGUUAAAAUCAAGAGUGUUCCUUCUGUACCUGUGUACUGCCAGUGGUAAUCAAGACAUCAUCCCUCAUCAGAAGAUAUUCUGGAGUGUGUACAAUAAUAUCCCUCCUGUGACUAGCCUGCCUUUGAGAUGUAGUUAUCAUUUAAUGAGAGGAGAGAGGCGACCACUUUGGGAAGAGGAGAGUAAUGCCAAGGGUGGCGUCUGGAAGAUGAAAGUCCCCAAGGACAGCACGUCCACAGUUUGGAAAGAAUUGUUGUUAGCGACAAUCGGGGAACAGUUCACAGACUGUGCCGCUGCAGAUGAUGAAGUAAUAGGAGUCAGUGUCAGUGUCCGGGACCGGGAAGAUGUCGUCCAAGUCUGGAAUGUAAAUGCGUCUUUAGUGGGCGAAGCAACCGUUUUAGAAAAGAUCUAUGAACUUCUGCCCCACAUAUCUUUUAAAGCAGUAUUUUAUAAACCCCAUGAAGAGCAUCAUGCUUUUGAAGGUGGACGUGGAAAACACUAAUUGCACUCUAAAGAAUUCUUUGUCCUUUGCUGAUUGGUUUUGGAAACGGUCUUAACAGGAGGGAGAGUGAAGAGAAGACUUGCCGAAGCCCGAUGCUGGUCCAUUUAGAGUGGGUUUCUGCCCUUGCAGACUGGGCACUUAGGGCUCAAAGUGGCAGGUGGGGUUGGGGGAGACUGUGUGGGUUUCUACCGUCACAUUAUUUGCUUUUUUUUUAUUUUUCUUUUUUGGCUUUUUAAAUUCUCUGUUCUUUUCACUCUGGGCUUUUUUUUUUUUUUUUUUUUUUUUUUUGGGGUCCUUUUAAAUUUCCUUAUUCAGUCUAAUUAUUGUUUUCUACACUCCCCUUUUAUUGAGGCACAAGAAAUCGGUUUCCCUUUAAGUAGCUCUGCUGUACCUAGUUAAUGAGAAUAUGCAUAAUCGUGACAAUACUGCUUUUGAAAACCACACUGUACUUGGAGGAAUACUAGCUUGGUGAAACCUGUCUUGAUUAUUUGUUGUGACACAUUCCUACACACUGUGCACUGGGCAUUGUUUUUUUUUUCUGUCCCAGGAAAAAGAAAAACCAUACUUAAUCUGAUUUUGCACUGACAGCACACA